GAGACCUAUCUUGCUUCCAAGCGGUGUGUCGUCCCCGUUUCGUCACAAAACCAACGUGAAUGCCAAGAGCUGAAGGCAGCAACGUAGUGACGUAUCUCUGCAAAGGUGUUCUUGCGCGCGUAUGUUUUCUGUGUUGCUGAGGAACUUGAAGAUGGCUUGUGUCACCACAUCUUCAAUACAGCAAUCAUGCCGGCUGCAUUUCACGCCGGCCGGACCUCAACGUUGCAAUCAGAAGCCGCUCAGCUUGGUGCAAUCCAACUUAUCUGUUGAAGGCUUCCGCAGGCUGGCUCUUGACUGGCGAGUGUUGAGAACGACGGCCAGUAAAGUGGGCAGCCCCAACAGGAAGGAAGACGCUUUGCCUACCAGGGUUCGUUUUGGGGGAAAAACACAAGCGGCUUGUUGCCUCAGAAGUCCAUUGGCAACCAGCUCAAUGGCGGCCGACCUCCACACGCCUCAUCUUCCACACGGUGACUCUCUCCGGGCGCCCGUACAUGCGUCUCGUCCGCAAUGCACCUCUAGCGCGGCCCCCGCCCCGGCCCCUGUGGACGAGACCGGGCGGCCCCUGAUCAAGCUGGAGCAGCUGGUGCGGGGCCGGUCCUUUGCUGACGUCAGCCGCCUGCUGGAGAGUCCGCCAUACGGGUUACGCGUGCGGGAGAGCGUGGCGCUGCCAGAACUGUACAGCGUGUCGUACGACAUGCUCGCCAUUAUCCGCAAAGAGUCCACGUGGCAGCUGCCCGAGGUGCGGCAGGCGCGGGGGAUCAUUCUGGAGAAGGAAACCAACAGGGUGGUGUGCCGGCCGUUUGACAAGUUCUUCAACGCGGGGGAGCCGGACCAGAAGCGAGAUCCUCUCGAUUGGGCCACGGCGCGCGUCUACGAAAAGCUCGACGGCUCUCUCAUGAAAGCCUACUUCUACAAGGGCGCGUGGCGGGUCGCCACCAACCGGACCGUGGACGCCUCGGACGCGAAGAUCCACAUGGCAUCUAGCGACCGGACGUUCCGGGACGUGUUUGACGAAACGUGGCCGCAGUUCCCGGCGGGGCUGCACCCCGACUAUACUUACAUGUUCGAGCUCUGCCAUCCUGAGACGCGGGUGGUGGUGCCGCACGCGCAGGGCCGGCUGGUGUACCUGGGCGCGCGACACAUGCCGACCCACCGGGAGGUCUUCCCCGAGGACCUGCCCGUCCCCGGGCUUGACCUGCCCCAGCGCUUCGACAUCGCGUCCGAGGAGGACUGCCUCGCCUUGGCCGCCAAGCUGCCCUUCUCGGAGGAGGGCUUCGUGGCGGUAGACUCCAUGUUCCGGCGCGCCAAGAUCAAGAGCCCCGCCUACCUGUGGCUGGCGCAUGCCGGCUCCAACCCGAGCAAGGACCUGCGUACCGUGGUCUUCAACGUCCUCCUACAGGGAGAGGUCAGCGAGGCGUCCCUUCUGCCCGGGAUCGGCCCACUCUUCGAGCCAAUGCAAGUCGCUCUCGACCAGCUGCUCGACCACGUGCUGGAGGCCUGGACGAAGGUGAAGGACAUUGAACUGCAAAAAGACUUCGCCUUGACGCUCCAGAAGGACUACCGCCACGUGAUGAGCAUGUUCUUCCACCUCCGGAAAGAAGUGCAGCGCCGCGCCACUGUGCUUCCACCCAACCCCACCUUAAGUGACGCCGACGUCAAGCAGAUGGCUAUGGAAUAUUGGCUGGCGUCCCAAGACGAGGGGGCGGCCGUGAAAGCGGCCCUGGCCUUCGAGAUAGCACUGCCGGAGAUCUCGCAAACAAUGCUAGAUGGGUUUUACGUCCGCCAGGGAGCCGUGCAGGCAGACUUGGACGCCGCCCGUCUGGAAGAGGAAUAAUGUUUGAUCAUCUUUCGCCUGACAAGAUGGGUAUUACCCUUGACUACUGUAGGGAGCGAGAUUUGCUGCCAAGCAACGUGCAUGAGGCGUCAGGGAUCGAUGGCAGAGUUUUUAUGUCCUUCUCGAUGCUUGUAGCAAAUCAUUGUCAGAGCAGCCACGUUGAGGAUGGUGUUAACCUGAAGCCCGGAGGCGCGUGAAUCUUCCUUGUUUCUAACCGAUAUCAACGAGGCAUGUCGGCUGCAAGUGAUGUCCAAUAAGAACUAUUGUUUUAAAACUCCUGUAAUUCAAGGCCGGGCAGUGUACCUAGAAAUUAGCAAUAUUGACCUGUAUGGAUCGGCCGUUUGUGAUUGCUGAUUGCCAGGCAGACGCGCUUCGGUGAAUCGAAGCUGGUGGACGGCACCUGGGACACAUGCACCCUUUGAAACUAGAUCCUCAAUGGUGCAUGCAGGCAGACUGUAAUUGCAGUGGCUAGGCGGAAGUGACCGAAUAUGUUUCAAUUGCCACGUACA